UUGUAAUUGGGUGCCAUAAUUUUGAGGCUAUAAUCACUCAACCUAAUUUAAAUGUUACUUUAACUUACAAUAUUAUCAGGUAAUAGUAGCUUGCCAUGGCAAAUUGACUAAUUUGUAAAUGUAGCAUGUUGAAUUACAGAGAAAACACUGGUUUUCUAACACCAUGUUUAUCACAUUUAAGAAAAAAACAUAAAUUGUUGCUUCAGUUUUUUGUUGGCAGAUUAAUUCAUUUUGCAAACGCCACCAGUGGCAAUGCAUGUAUUAACUGCGCUGACCAGCAUAGUAAGAGAUCCAACAAUGACUUUUAAGAGAGUCUCCUCAUGUGCCUGAUCACACACUCAUUAAACUUCAAUUUUCAGCAGAGCUCAUUUGAGACAUAAUUGCGUGACACAUGGAAACCAUGUUCUGCCAAGCAUAAAUUAAAGUUCAAUGUUUCAGAAGCUUUAAAUGGGUGUGUGGGUGUGCACUUGUAAAGUCCUCUUUGUGAGGACUGGACUAUAUUUUGAUCAGUGAAGUGAGGACAUUUGUUGAAAGGAGACCCUUUUAGCUUUUGCUUCUAGAGUGUUUUAAUGUAAGCAUUCUAGGAUAAAGAUUAGAGACGCUUUUUGGAUUUCAAGGCUGCGAUAGUAAACAUUUAGAAACCAGCAUUUCGGCCGCAUUGCUGUGGGUGUUAUUCUGUAUUAAGAAAAAUAACUUAACAUCUUAUUUUAGGAAUAGUUUAUUUUGUUAUACUAAAAUAUUGCACUGUCUACAUGUUUAAUUACAAGUGAGGAAAUUCAUUGUAAUUGGAACCAUCACAAUUUAUUAUGUACUUUCCAUGCACAAACCAUGCUUAGAAUUUUAUGGAGCAUGAAUUGAUGAACUCAAACAAGUAGGGCUGGACAAUAGAAUGGUAAUUAUAUUAAUGCUUACAUUUUCAUUGAUAUAAAACCUUGUUUUUUGUCUGUUUGUUACUUUUUUAUUGCAUAUUCUUAAAUAAACUUCAUACAAAAACAAAUUUUGGGAAUUUAUAUUUUAAGGCCAGUUUUAUUAAUUUAAUAGUAAAAGAAGAAUAUGGCAAAUUUCCUGUAUUUGUAUAGCACUUUCUGAGGGUUCUACAACCCCCCAAGGCACUUUACAAGACAAUCAGUCAUUCGCCCAUUCACACACACAUUCAUAAGUUGGUGAUGAUGAGCUACGAUGUAGCCACAGCUGCCCUGGGGCACACUGGUGAACACUGGCGCCACCGAUCUCUCCGAUCACCACCAGCAGGCAUGGUGGGGUAAGUGCCUUGUCUAAGGACACAACAGCAGCAUUCUCUGGUCAGAGCCAGAACGAACCUGCAACCUUCCGAUUACUGGGCAACCUGCUCUUCCUUCUGAGCUCCCAGAGAACAUCAGACUCAAGUCAAUGCUGAAGUUCUGUGAUUUGGUGAGACAAUCAACUGAAUGGUCCAGUAGUUGCUUUUCAUUCAAUCCGUUUUUUUUUUCGUUCCGUGUUGGAUAAGACUUUUAGACAAAUGCAAGAGAACUAUUUCAACAGUUUUUUUUUAAAUCUCCACAUUACAUUUAUAGCUGUACUAUGUUAGAACGUUGUUAAGAGGCAUUAAACAAUGUUUUAAUCUUGUUCUGAAGAUUUGCUAUUGCAGUUUAAUUUUUUUUAGAAUUUUACCAUUUUGAAAAUGUGGUUUUAGAUGUAAAAAAAUCAAAUAAUGUUUUUACUGGGUGACAGCAUUGUUUUCCUCACCACUGAAUCCCCAUAGUGGAUAAUGAAGUGUCACAUUUAACCUGUUUUGUUCACACAUCAUUGUUACUCUCCAAAUUCCUGAUUUGUGCAAGAUAACCUGUGAUCUAAAGACAGCAAGACAAAACCGAGUUGUACUAAAUAAUGACACCCUCCAACUAAAUUCAAAGUUUCAUUGACAUGCAAUUAGGAGCUUAUGAUAAAGAAGUAGACAUCAUUUCUGUACAUUGUCUCCUGACUUCAAUAGGUCUCUUUACACAUAAUUAUCUCUUCUGCGCUCAUCAUUCAACCCCUCCACCAACUAGCAUAGCUGUCUGAAGUCGCUUGCUACCACUUUUCAUCCCUCAAUGGUUUUAAUUGUCCUGAUGACCUCAAUCAAAAGACAAUUACCAAAGGGGAAAGCAGCACAGGCAAUCAUUGUCUUCACUAUGAGAAGGAGUAAACCUGAAUGGAGCUACCAUCUUUCACCAAGAUAAAAUUACAUGUGUUGCCUGGCUGCUGUGAUGACAAACUCAGCAUUCGGUGUCAGCCUGAAAUGCCUUUGGGUUCUUACUGAAAAAUUAAUUCAUAAAAAUCCUGACACUUGAAAGCCAAACGAGCAAUGUGAUUCUUAAAUGUAAAGUUAUGUGGUAGAUAUGAGUCUGAAAAUAGGUGAAGUGAGACUGAAAGUAGUUCAACAUUUCUCUCCUGUUCAGUAAAUUAACCCGCUUUUUGGGAAGGUUGCAUUCUGAUUAAUUUUUGAUGUCAUCAAAGUAAAAACGAGGCACAUUCCACAGACCUAAAUUAUCAUAAAAGCAUGUAUGACCAUGUGAAAUUCAUCAUUUCUGCAAGUGUAAAUGUAAUACUGAAGCUGGAGAAAUGGGAGUUAUUUCAUAGGUUGAGGGAGGAAAAAGCCACAGUAGUGUUCAUCUCUGCAGCUGUUGGGGAUCAUGGAAAGGGCAACAUGUUAUUUUAUGUUUUUAUGAAAAGGUGAUCAAUUUAAAUCAACAAAGCAAAAUAGGUUUAACCCUCUGGGGUCCAGGGUGUAAUUUGCCGUUUUUGACAAAUGUAGAGUUUUCCUUUGUAUUUCCAAAAUAAAAACCAUAACCACUGCCUUAUGUGGAAUCAGUCUUUUCAGCACAACCUGGACUUUAUGAAUCUAUACUUAUUUUUCAUAUUUUGAUAUAAAGAGGUUGCAUAAUAGACCUUAAAUCACUCAAAAACAUAAAAUCGGAAUUGUAAGUUUAUUAUCUGAAAGUUGUUUAUUUUACUGUUGUAACGGAACGGAAACCAACAAACAUUUAUGACAAAUGUUUUUUAUAAUUUAGAAUGGUAAUCUAGACUGUACAUUUAUAAAAAUAUGAAUAAAUAUAGAAAAAAAAAUUAAAAAAAUAUUUAUUAGCCCUCUGGGGUCCAGGGUGUAAAUCACCGUUUUUGACUCUUUUGGUUUUUCUUUUGUAUUUUCUAAUAAAAACAAUAAAUAUUGCCUUAUGGGGUGUCAUUUUUUUCAGGACAACCUAUACUGUCUGAAUUUAUACUUACUUUAUUAAUUUGGCAAUAAUGUACAUGCAUUUUGGAGUUGGGAGUGGCUCUGUCUCACGCCGAGCAGAUCGAGAUCCGACAGCUGCGCGGCACCGCCCACUCCUCUUGUUGGAUCUCCGAAGAGCUGGAUCUCUUCCUUCAUCCUCUACCUCAUCAUGACCCAACUCUUCUAUGAGGAAGGAUGAAUCUGCCACAUCGUCAUCAACAUCCUCGCUGUUUGCCUCAGACUCCAGCUGUGAGUCUCCGUCCACUUCCUCUGCUUCCAGUUCAAAAAACAGCCGUACUAUCUGAACUGCCUGGUGGACAUUUCUCCUUCUCAUCAUCCUUUAUAUAAGCCUAAUAAAAGCCUACUAAACUGCAGAGACUAUAUAUCUGUCCGGAUCGCUCCAAAAUAUGAAGUUUACCGUCAAUAUCUGUCUAAUUGUUUGUUGUUACUCCGUUCGCGCCACUCCUUUCCCCGCGAAGUGGCUCCUUUUCCUCUGUCUCUCUCAGCUAUAUAAUGAUGCUUUUUAUCAAUUGAAUAUUUGAGACUUCCACCAACAGCAAAGGAUCUCAUGUUUUUGUGUUUUUUUUAUGUUCACAAGCACAUUCCCUCUCACGGUUUACUAAUUUGCUGUUUUGACAAGUUAUCAGAUUGUCUAAAAAUAGGUCGUUUUUUAGUUUAGUAUAACUCCGCGUUUACGUUGCCUAUUAACAAAAUUUAAAAACUGGGGUGUAGUUUAUAAUCUCCUUUUUAAAGCUGAAUUGAAACCGAAACUCAGGGAGGUGGAAUGUUGCUGCUAUAGCGUCCCAAAUCAGACCUGUUCAAAAGAUGCGGAUAUGCGUCCAUGGACCCCAGAGGGUUAAUGCAGCAUUGAAUGCAGCCUGAAGAUGAAUGACAAAAUCAACAAGUGGCACAAAAGUCAAGUUAACUGACAGCUCAAGGAUCCAUGUGUUUUUGGAAUGUAAAGAAAGGCAGGACAAUGAAAAUGAUUUGACUACAGAGAACCAUUCCAUGUGCACAAAGAACUGUAGAGUGGAUCGUAGAAUUCAAUAUCACAUAAAAAGUGUAAAACCAAACAUCUUGAAGCAAAGAUACAAUGAAAUUACUGGCCCAACUGAAUUCACUUUAAAAGUUGCAGCAAUGGUGCAGCAUUAAAAUGAUUAUGCACUAUAGCAAGGGGAAAAAUACAGUAUUGGGUCCCUAGUUUGGGGGUUUGGGACCUCAGGGGGAAAUCAGGAGACACUAUGGUUUGCACAGAGCAUCAAAACUGAAAAGAAAAGGAAGAAAAUACACAGGCCUGGGUAAUCACAGAUGGAUUAGAUGAAUAGUAGAAUACUAAAGCCCAGAAAGUAUUAUGAGCAACAUGAUGGAGAAAGAAAAAAAAAACAUAUUAUAAUAACCCACUGUUAGCAUUGCAACCAUAUUCCAAGAAGUAGUAGUAAAUUGUAUUUUGAAAGUUUGAAGCCAUGAAGUUCAAUAAUGAUGUCUUGGAAUUAUUUAUCUAGAGCAUCAGCUCCAAAUGUUGGGUUAAAACCCAAAUCUAGGCCCGUGUGUUGGCAAGAAUCUUGUGAUUUGAUGUAUAUCACGAUAUAGGGGAGAUGAUCUGAUAUAUCAAUACAGGGGAGACGAUCAAGUAUUACAAUACAAGGGAUACAAUACGAUAUAUUGUGAUGUUAAAAGCCAAACUAUGUCUGCAAUUUUUAAGACUAAAUUUAUUUGGGAAAAUCUUAUCCAGUGUUUGCCAGAUCUUGUUAGUCAGAAUAAAGUAUUAGUAAAAACUGCUGCCACCUAGCAGUCAUUGUUUGAAUUGCAGCAUGCAAUAGAAAAAAGUCAUUUUUUGCAUAUCAAUACUCAAUAAAAAAUAAAAAUAGAUACACUCCUUUCAUAUAUCGAUUCAUUAUCAUAACAUGAAAUAUCACGAUAUUUCAGUGCAAUGGUAUUUUCUUACUUCCCUACUCCAAUGUAUUAUGAAACAAAGUGUUUCUAAGGGUCCAUGAAUCCAUUACAAUUCAUAAUUACAUAAUGUUGAAACUUGUGCUAAAUGGAGAAAAAUGAUACGUUGCUCAUUGAAGCCAUUUGUGUUGUCAUUAUGCUCUUGCUUUGUCUCUACCAGGGUGGAUUUGGGAAACCCAAUCAUCUGAAAACAAUGGUUCCUAAAGAUUGUGAUGGAACCUCGCUGUGGGAUAUGAAAAAUCUGUUUGGUCUUGCGAUGAUCCCAAACCAAAUCAUGUUUAAUUAAAUGGCAUAUUUGUUGGACACUAUUGGAAUAUGCUGGUGAAGGUUCUCAGUCAUCCAGAUCAUGGUAAUCUUAAGGGGUUUGAAUGAAGGCCAAAGAACCAAAGCAACACAUUCUCACACCCGAAGUGUCGAAAAAUGACACUGGGUGACCAAGCGUUUUUGUCCGACGGGAGGCAAUGCCCGUGGCAAAAUGUACAUUUUAGCAACAGUUAACCUCUAACCUCUUGCUAUUUAACCUUCCCUUUACCCCAUCCUAACCUUAACUGUGUGGCUCAUUCUAAACUUCUCAUUAACCGAGUUGGAGAGGGACGUUAUAACUAGAAACAAAGUUUUGAAAGCUCAAGAGGGUUAAGGUUAGGAUGGGGGUGAGGGGAAGGUAGCAAGAGGGUUAAGGUCAGAAUUUGGUGAAAUGUCUGUUUUACUACGACAAUCGGAAAACGAUGCUCUGGAACAGCGCCCUUGACGCGCUGGAAACAAACACUUGGUCACCCAGCGUCAUUUUUCAACGCUUCGGGUGUGAGAACAUGUUGAUCAAAAAAAGUCCAGUUGCUGUCAUUCUAUCUCCCUUGGACACUAUGGAAACAGUAGUGCUCAAUGAAUACACUCAAAGGUCUUUGAGGCCAUGUCAUUGUUGGGGUUGCAAGUCUGCUAUGUUUUCAGUGUGAGGCUGAAUGGAUUAAAAACCCAAAACAAAUGGCCUAAAGUUGGUUUUCCUGAUGAAGCAAUAGUUUUUAUCAUGGCUGUCUGAUGUUUCUACUUAAUGGCAGGAUUUCAUUCAGAAAACUAUUCACUCAGUUGUAGGCAUUCAUCCAGUUCAACACAGUCAUCAUGGGAAGUGAAAUUAAGCUGAGACACGUCUGCCUCUGAGUCAGCAGGAUGAAUGAACCCAAAACAUAUAAAUGUCCUAGAUCUUAAAAAUGUAAUAUGUUUAGAAUCUGCAGCUUUUGAAAAAGAGUCCAUUGAUUAUAUGUCCAUUUGAAGCGGUAUCAUCUUUUUUUGUUCUGCUGUUUUCAUUCUUUGUAAAAAAAAAAUAUGUUUCUAGAUUGCAUCUGCAACAGAGCAGAAGCAAUGUGCAACACGGUAUGACAACAGAAAACACUCAGAGCCGUAAAUGACACGUGUUCACCCUCCAGCAGCAACCUUGAUGCUCACACCUGAGUGUAAUCAAGUAGACGACGUUAGUCUUUGAAUCAAAUGAGCAUCUGGUGGUUUGUUGGGAUUGCUUUUUCCUUUUUAUAUGUUCAAAUCUCAUUCCAGUAAUUUUAUUGUCUCCCAUGACUCUCUUCUGCAUCUCCACAAGCUAACAACCAUUCAUCUGUGCGACCUUCCAGUCGACAGAAGAACGUCUCUGCAAGCAGCAUCUUUUGAGUUUUAUAUGCAAGUAUUUCCAGGAUUACUGCUGCAGUGAAUAAUAAGGGUUCAUUGGUUCCAUGAUGGUCAUGAGGGGAUAGUGAGCCAAGCUGUGUUUAAUGCGAGCAUCUCUUCAGUUGGAGCUUGACGGUUGACAGUGUUUACUGGGGCCUCAGUUUUCAUCCCUAGCUCAGUGGAUGCAGCUGUCACGGCUGGUGGUGGAGUUUUACGUUGUUCUCCAACCCUCCUCAGCAUCAGAGCCAGCUUAGCAUCUCCAUGGUGCUCCUGUUCCAUGUCAGCGUUGCCAUUAUCCUCAAUUUUUAGGGAUAUAUCAAUAUUGUUUUAACAAACAAGAAAAAAAAAAUACAUUAUUCAUACAAAUAUACAUAUUUUCCAUUAAAAUGUUUCUGUUUGAAUUGAUAUGUCUUCAAAAUGGAGAUAAAACCCUAGCCUAGAAAUCUAGACCGUCAGUUGCUGAAGCAAAAUUAUUUUCUUCUGCAUGUGGCUCUAGCCACACUCCAUUGGAACCUCUACAGCCCCAGCCAGUCUGAUGGUUAGCCAAUCACAACACUCCAUUGGUUUGGUGGGCCGAUCACAGCACUCUACCGGUUUGGUGGGCCAAUCACAGCGCUCCUAUCGAUUUGGUGGGCCAAUCACAGCGCUCCUAUCGAUUUGGUGGGCCGAUCACAGCGCUCUACCGGCUUGGUGGGCAGGACGUUACUGCGACUGAGCAAAAUCAAGAUGGUGAUGACUCAUUUAAAGCAGCAUCAAUGUUGGACUAUACUUGAGCUUUUAUUUGAGUCAAGAGCAGAAAAAAGUAUUGAAGCCCUUUAUUUAGAAAAUGGAUAUAUUUGCAAAUUUUUCGACAAUGUAUCGAGAUCUGUAGUGGUGAGUAUGCCAAGCUGUUUGUUGUCCAAUCGCUCCCCACGACUGCGAGCAGUCCAGACUAUAUAUUCACACACACACACACACACACACACACACACACACACACACACACACACACACACACACGCACAUGCACACGCACACUCACACACGCACACUCACACACACGUGUGUGUGUGGUUAGGUGAUGGCUUUCUAGGCUAGACAAACCCUACAUCUUUAUUUCAAGUUGUAAGAGGGAGAAGAGGAGGACUCAGUUCGGACUUUUCCUUAUCAUUUCGGUGGACCAGCACAAGACUGAUUCACAGAGGUUCUAACCCGAACUCUAUUGUCCUUGUUGCAGAUAUUACACCGUAACAUCAAGGGCCAUGUCGCUACAGGCACAGCUUUAAUGAAGACGUUGACCUGCUAACGUUCUAGCAGAAGGGACCCUCUUUAACAAGUAUGGGGUCACCAUGGAAACCAUUUCUCCUCCUGUCUGUCAUCAGUGGCCUUUCAGAUUUUGCAAGAGCUGUUGCUGGACGACCGGUAUCAUAUGCAGCUGUACUACGAAUGAGGCAGGACAGCUCUUCACCUGUGCUCAACUCGCGCAGCCGACCUCGACAGCAGCACAGUGGUGGGUUGGUGACUCCUGACUGGUCUGCUUUCUCCAGUCACCCUCUGUCAGCCCUGAGUCUGCUCGGCUCUCAGGAGGACCACAGGAGUGAAGAAACAGAAGAGUUUGGACCUGUUUUUAUCCACGAGCCAGAUGAUGUUAUUUUUUCUUUGAAUUCCGAUGAAAAGAAAGUGAUGCUUCACUGUGAGGCACGGGGUAACCCACCACCUACAUACAGUUGGUACGUUAAUGGGACUGAAGUAGAUUCAAAGACAGACUACCGCUACAGCUUUAUUGACGGAGACCUAAUCAUUGAAAAUGCAAGUGAGACCAUUGACUAUGGGAGGUAUCAAUGCCAAGCAGAGAACAGCUACGGAACAAUCUUGAGUCGAGAUGCUCUGCUACAGUUUGCAUAUCUUGGUGCUUUCAGUACGAGAGCCCGCGGUGAAGUUUCUGUGCGUGAAGGCCAGGGCGUAGUGCUGAUGUGCACGCCUCCACCCCAUUCGCCAGAAAUUAUCUACAGUUGGGUAUUUAAUGAGUUUCCCUCAUUUGUUGCUGAGGACAGUCGGCGUUUCAUCUCGCAGGUCACAGGGAACCUGUACAUCUCUAAAGUGCAGCCGUCAGAUGUUGGGAGCUACAUCUGUCUGGUGAAGAACUCCGUGACAAACUUGAGAGUCCUGAGUCCUCCAACUCCUCUGACUCUUAAAACCGAUGGUGUCAUGGGUGAAUACGAGCCCAAAAUUGAAGUGCAUUUCCCAACAUCUGUUCUGGCUGCCAAAGGAGUGACUGUCAGGCUGGAGUGCUUUGCUCUAGGGAAUCCAGUGCCAACAAUCACAUGGAGGAAGAUAAAUGGCAACAUCCCCAAAAAGGCCAGACUGCGGAAGUCCCAAGCUGUAUUAGAAAUUCCCAAUAUUCAACUGGAGGACUCGGGAACAUAUGAAUGCAAAGCUGAGAAUCCGAGGGGAGGGACUGCUUUCAAAGGGCAUCUGCAGGUCUACACUCUCCCUCAGUGGGUCAGAAUGAUUAAUGAUACUCAGAUGGAUAGUGGAGAGAAGCUCCAGUGGGAGUGCAAGGCCAUCGGAAGGCCUCGGCCCAACUAUCGCUGGCUUCGUAAUGGUUUGCCCUUGAAUGCUAAGGAUCACGUUGAAAUUGUGAAUGGGGAACUGACCAUUCACAAAGUGCAGCAGGCGGACUCAGGAAUGUACCAGUGUGUCGCCGAAAAUAAGUACGGAGCUGUCUACUCGAACGCUGAGCUGAAGAUUUUAGCAUCACCCCCUCUCUUUGUCACCAAUCCGGUUCGGGUAAUAGCCACACUUGGAAAAGACGUCUCCCUGGAAUGCAAACCGAGGGCGUCGCCUAAACCUCGGAUAACGUGGAGGAGAGCAGACAGAAGGUUACAGCCAAAUAAAAGGAUUACGCUGUUACGGAACAACACUUUGAAAAUUGUUAACUCCAGCCGAGCGGAUGAAGGGAACUAUGUGUGCCGGGCGGAGAAUCAGUUGGGCUCAGCAGAGAUGACUGCCAUACUGUGGGUAAAAGAGGCCAUGCGUGUGGUGCUGAGUCCGAGCAGAGUGGAGGUCACCGUGGGGGAGAGCGUGGUGCUGAGCUGCAAGGCGACUCAUGACACGUCGCUGGACGUGGCUUUUCAGUGGUUCUUCAACCAGAAACCCAUCGACUUCCAGCAGGAUGGCAGCCACUUCGAAUACAUCCAAACAGUAAGAUCAAGACAGGUCUCGACAGUGGACCUGAUGAUUAGAAGCAUUUUGUUGAAGCAUGCUGGGAAGUACGGCUGCAGAGCUCAGACCAGCGCUGACACUGUGCUCACAGAGGCUGAACUUCUUGUGCGAGGUCCUCCUGGACCCCCUGGAGUGGUGAUAGUAGAGGAGAUCACAGACACCACAGCAACCCUGUCUUGGACUCGUGGCCUUGACAACCACAGCCCUAUCAGCACCUAUAAUUUACAAGCCCGGAGCCCGUUUUCAUUAGGGUGGCAAACUGUCAAAACAGACCCAGAUCCGGUGACGGGGGACAUGGAGUCAGCCAUGGCAGUGGAGCUCAACCCCUGGGUGGAGUACGAGUUUAGAGUCGUGGCCAGCAAUGCUAUCGGGACGGGAGAUCCCAGUACGCCAUCUAGAAAAGUCAGAACCAAAGAAGCAGUUCCUGCCAUAGCACCGUCAAAUGUUAGUGGAGGGAACGGCCGCAGGCACGAACUGGUCAUCUCGUGGGAGCCAGUGUCUGAGGAAUUCCAAAAUGGCGAGGGCUUUGGGUAUAUAGUUGCAUUUCGUGCCAAUGGGACAAGAGGCUGGAAGGAGAAGAUGGUGACUUCAGCAGAUGCUACCAUGUAUAAAUAUAGGGAUGAGACUUUUCCUCCCCUUACGCCAUUUGAAGUGAAAGUCGGCGUGUACAAUAAUAAAGGAGACGGGCCUUUCAGCAAAGUUGUCAUCAUCCAUUCUGCAGAAGGGGAGCCGAGAGAAGCACCAUCAGACGUAAAAGCCUACAGCGUUUCUUCUUCAGAAAUAAGGGUGUCUUGGAAACCACCGAAUCCCGGCCCUGGGAGGCCAAGAGCAUAUGAGGUCAGCUACUGGAAGGAAUCUGAGCAGGAAGAGUCUGGAAAAAAACAGCAAACAGUAAAAAAUGAAACAUCCAUGGUCCUGACAGGACUGGAGGGAAACAAUAUCUAUCUUAUCACGGUGAAAGGCUUCAACAACAUCGGCCAGGGUCCCGACAGUGCUCCUAUCACAGCCAAGACUAGGAAAUCCCCUCCUGCUCAGCCUCCAAACAACCUGAUGUGGAUUCAAGAGGGCAACAACAUUUCAUUAAGCUGGGAUCCAGUAAAGGCAAAGGAGAAUGAGUCUGAUGUCAUCGGGUACAUGGUGUUACUCAAACAGGAAGGCCGAGGCCACAUCCAGGUGACAAGAACCAUUAACCCCUCCACCAUGCUUUCACUGCCAGAGGGGGGCACAUACACCAUUGACGUUCGCGCCCUCAGUGAAGGUGGAGAGGGAGCGUUCAGCUCCCAGGUUCGAGUCGUCACCUCCUCUGGUGUUCGAGCAAAAAGCAACCAGUGCUCUGUGCACUGCCCGCCACGGAGCCUAAUAUGGACAGCACUGCUCCUGGUUCUGGUGCCUUCAGCUUCUUGGUGAGGAAACUGUGGCGUCCUCACAUUUUUGAAGGAGGCCACCCUUCCUCUGCUCCCUAACUGCCUCUGACUGCCUGAUUGCUUUGGCCUUACCCAUCUCAAAGGGCCUGAGGCGUGCCAAUGGGGGGUUUGAGUCAGCCAGUUACCACACAGCUUGUCGGAGUCCAUCUUUUUCUCCUUCCUGUUUAAUUUGAAGCCCUGGACGUUUUAUUCAUGCCGUUUUUUCCCCUGAACAUCACAGUAGUGUUGUACUUAAGUGUACUUUGUUUAGAAAUAUUUCUUUAACAGUUUUAUUUAGCAUCCUCUGCCCCCGUUAUUGACUGGCAUCUAACCACUUCUGGACGGCUCCUACAGCUCUAAGGAUCCACUGAGCAUGAACGAUUCCUUGAAAGCUGCUGCAGUGGUAACACAGGGAUCAGUGGGCGUGUUUCUUUUCAUUAUCUGCAUCAAUUUACCCCUUGGCUGCCUAACAGCAAUGCAGCAGAAGCCGAGUAGAGAUAAGUGCAUUGUUUUCUUAUUCACAUAUUGAGGAGAAAAGACGUUUUAUAUGGACCUGAGACUCUUACUAUUUCAAGAAUUGCUUUUUUUGUACAUUGUGUUACCUUUAGACAAGUAACAGUGGUGUGUAUCAGCUAUGUCCAACUCUGUUUUUGGUAGCAAUGCUUGGUGAUACAGUUUGUUGGAUGUAUGGAAGUAGGAAACAGGUACUUAACCUUUAGUGCCCAAACUCAAUAGACAAAGACUCUGUACGGACUCUUGGUGUCAGAACCAAUAAAUGUGAUGUAUAUUUUUUAAAA